AUGUCGUCUUCCGAUCUGCCGACGCCCGUCAAAAAGGCACCGACCGGCCUCGAGGCCUGGGGAUUGUCGUCCAUGCCAGCAAUGGGCCUGGCGACUCUCAUCACCGCGCUGCACUGGCGGCCCUUCCAGCCCUUGCCCAUGCUGUUCGUGCCCGUCCUCCUGGGAUCCAGCUACCUGAACGUCGCUGGCUUCCAGAUCGACAGCGCCGGCAUCACAGCCGCCUGGAGUGGCUUGUAUGUCCUCCUAGCGAUGCGGCGUAGACAGCCCCUCAAGCGGCGCUUCAUGGCACGGGGCAUCGUCCGGGGGGCGGCCAUGGGCUUGGGCACCGUCAAUGCUGUCGCGUGUGGUUACACCUAUGCCAAGGGCGACAGGAAGCAGGAGGCAGUGGAGCGGAAAGCAAGGAACCGAUGGGGAACCGAGAACUGA